GAUUCUCAUUCACAACUAUAAUCAGCUAGUAUCAAAAAAACCAAAGUUGAAUACCAUCAUGGUUUUCUUUCCGAAACUAGUUUCUCUUGUGUUACUUAUCUUCACAACUUCGUUUCUGUUAGUGAACUCAGAAAAAAGAGUUUCCUUUAGCAUCUCCGACUUUACUGAUAAUAAAUCAGAUGUAAUCCUUCAAGGGAGUGCCAAAAUUUCAGACAAAGGAUAUUUAGCACUUACCGACCCUAAUGACUCUAAUUUGCUUGUUGGCCAUGCCUUGUAUGCAUCAUCCGUGCCCGUUUGGGACGGUGCCACGGGCAACGUUGCUAGCUUUAUAACUUCCUUCUCUUUUACCGUUGAAAACGAAGGAUAUUCUGAUCCCGCUGAUGGAAUCGUCUUCUUUCUUGCACCACAAGAUACUGAAAUUCCUAAAAACUCAGCUGGUGGAAAUCUCGGAAUUGUUGAUGGAAACACUGCUUUCAAUCAAUUUGUUGGUGUGGAAUUCGACAAUUAUGUUAAUUCAUGGGAUCCAAAAUAUUCACAUAUUGGAAUCAAUUUCAACAGUUUAAUGUCCUUAAAAACGGCCACAUGGAACCGGGAGAACAAUGUUUUGGUCAAUGUGCAUAUCAACUAUGACUCUCUCUCUAAGACUUUGAGUGUCGUAUUAACCGAUGCAAAUGGCCAACUUUCUACUGUUUCUCAAGUUCUUGAUUUGAAGGAUAUGCUUCCAGACACAGUUAGUGUUGGUUUUUCUGCUUCAACAGGAGAUUCCCGUCAAGUACACGACAUUCAUUCAUGGUCUUUCACUUCAGUUUUGAAGACAACUAUAAGCAGCAUCACCUCAAAUAUUAACGCAACAGCAAGUUAUGCAUGAUUUCAUUUGUUCCGCUGUAUGCAUAUGCAUGUUCACUACUACUAGUAUUUCCUAAAUAAAGACAACGCUAUGUGUCUACCUUGUAAUCCAUGCUUUGUUUGAAUGUUUUCUUCCUUUUUAAUAAAAACCGUGUUUCUACUAUGUUUAAAUUAAUAA